AUGGGGUCAGUAUGUGAGCCAGAAUUUGCUCAUGAUCUUCUGCUGAAGAUUCUACUAAAACUUCCCGUCAAAUCUUUAACGCGGUUCAAGUGCGUCUGCAAGCAUUGGAACUUUUUAACUUCGGAUCCAGAAUUCAUCCGAAGAUAUUUAAAAACCAUGGCAGCCCUCGAAAGCCACCAUGAUUUUCUUCUUUAUGAUUUCGUCCGAGGACCUUUUUAUAUAAGAAUAUUAAGGGAGAGACAUGGCAAUGAUGCACAACAAGUGAUCCAAGCUACCAAUCUGAAGAUUCCCUAUUGCGAUCUGACUCUUUCGAUGAAUCCGACCAAGUUUUUCGUUGUUAUAGGUUACUGCGAUGGCCUGUUUUGUGUAGGUAUACAAAGUGUCAAAUCUAGGUUGCAGACACUGAUACUAUGGAAUCCGUCUCUUCAGGAUCUGAAGCAAAUUCCAGUUCCGAUAUCUUGGAGGAGGGAAUCAUGGAGAGUGUUGGGAUUUGGUCGUGAUUUCUCUACGGAUGAGUACAAAAUCUUACUAGUGUCUAAUAAGUAUGGGGUUUCUGAGUUUUCGGAUGUUGAACUCUUGAGUAUUAAAAAUAACUCAAUCAUAAAGGCUCAGAAGGAUCUACCUUACUUUGCCAAAUCUAAGCAAAAAUCAACCCUCGCCAAUGGCUGCCUCUAUUGGUUUGCCUGCAAACCCUUACGUUCUGGGAUCUACCAUGAUUUGAUUUUACGUUUUCAUUUAGCGAAAGAGCAGGUGAGAGAGGUCUUACCUCCUCCAUGCAGAGUGGACGGUUGUAGCCUAAGCCUUUUUCGUGGCUGUCUUUGCGUGCUGAGGCACGAUAAAAUUACUGGCGACACUGAUCUCUGGGUCAGGAAAAAGCAGCAUGGGAUGCAUAAAUCUUGGAUGAAACUGAUUAUCUUUCCAGAAACACCAAAUUAUGGCAGAAUUUGGCGACCCUUUCCAAUAUGUUAUAUCGGGAACAAGGUUUUGGUAAGCUCAGAUAAUAAAAAAUUUUUCUUGUUCAAUCCCAAAGAUGAAUCAUAUGAGAAGCUAGUCGUCCAUGGCAUCACAUAUUGGGCUAAGGUAUUUCCAUACGUGGAUAGCUUAAUUUCACCAUGUGGUAUAACGAAAGCUUGA